AUGCUAGAGGGUAAGACGCCCCGAUACCAGGAAGCCAAGACGCCCGAACGCCGAAUUACGAAAUCCUCAAGACCUCGAGGCCGGAUCUCUUCUGGUCGUUGUAACCUUUCUGCAGUUUCUUAUAAUAUCAUCCCAGCAUGCCUUUCUCCCUAUACCUAUCCCCGUAUUCCGUUUUGUCGUCCUUGA